CUGACGCGCAGACAUCAAUAAUCGAUCAGCCACAGCAGUCGAUCCCAGAGAUUUCUGCCACCCGGAAAUCAGCUGAGUGUAGACGGUGACCCGUGCAGGUCCGAACCGGAGCUCAGUCAUGGUGUUCGAGUCGAUGGUGAGCGACCUGCUGAACAGGUUCAUUGGAGACUACGUGGAGAACCUGGACAAGUCCCAGCUGAAGAUCGGCAUCUGGGGAGGAAAUGUCGUCCUGGAAAACCUGAGGGUCAAAGAGAACGCUCUGAGUGAGUUCGACGUUCCGUUCAGAGUGAAGGCUGGACAGAUCGGGAAGCUGACGCUGAAGAUCCCCUGGAAGAACCUGUACAGUGAUGCAGUGGUGGCCACACUGGAAGGUCUCUACCUGUUGGUGGUUCCUGGAGCCACCAUAAAGUACGAUGCAGUGAAGGAGGAGCGUUACCUGCAGGAGCUGAAGCAGAGGGAGCUGCAACGCAUCGAGGAGGCGCUGCAGCUGGCUGUACGCCGAGACAAACCUCAGGAGGAGAAGAAGGACACGUUUGUGGAGAAACUGGCCACUCAGGUGAUCAAAAACCUGCAGGUGAAGAUAAGCAGCAUCCACCUGCGGUACGAGGAUGACAUGUCAGACCCACAGCGCCCCCUGUCUAUGGGAGUGAUAUCAGAGCUCAGUCUGCAGACCACUGAUGAGAACUGGAAGUCGUGUAUCCUGAACGAAGCAGCAAAGAUCAUCUAUAAGCUGGGCCGGCUGGAGUGUCUCUGUGCCUACUGGAACGUCAACAGUCCCAUCUUCUACAGAGGAUCAUGGCAGGACAUUGUGGAUCAGCUGAAAUGUGGGAUCAGCAGUAAGGAACAGGAACUACCGAAGCAUCACUACAUUUUCAAGCCCAUCUUUGCCUCUGCUAAAAUGUGCAUCAACCCCAACGCUGAGCUGGAGCUGAAAACUCCCAAGGUGGACCUUAAUCUGGAGGUCCAGAACAUCGCCAUCGAGAUGACCAAACCACAGUACCUGACCAUGGUGGAGCUGCUGGAGUCCAUCGACUGCAUGGUGAAGAACGCCCCCUACAGGAAGUUCCGACCCGACGUUCCCGUCAGCAGGAACGCUAAACUCUGGUGGAUGUACAGCUUCAAAAGCAUCCUGGAGGUCCACAUCCGCCGCCUCAGCCACAUGUGGUCCUGGUCCAACAUCCGGCAGCACCGCCAGAACCUCCGGGCCUACAAGACUGCCUACAAGACCAAGCUGCUGAGCCACAGCAAGCCGGGCCAGGACACCGAGAAACACAUCCAGGAUCUGGAGAAGGUCCUGGAUGUGUUCAACAUCACCUUGGCCCGGCAGCAGGCCCACAUGGAGGUGAUCCGGUCCGGACAGAAGAUGGUGGGGAAGAAAACGUCUGGAGGAGGAGGAGGCUUCUUCAGCAGCUGGUUUGGGAGGAAGGCUAAGAAGGAGGAGCAGGAGAUGGAGGAGAGCUCAGAGAGUUCAGGACUGGAUCAGCUGAUGACGGCCGAGGAGAAGGACAAACUCUACAUGGCCAUCGGCUACAGCGGCAGCUCUCACAACCUGGCUCUGCCCCGACAGUACGUCGCCGUGGUCGUCACCUUCCAGCUGCUCAGGACUUCGGUGACGGUCAGAGAGCAGCCCGACGUCCCAGAGAUCCUGAAGAUCCAGAUGAUCCACCUCAGCACCAGAAUCUCCCAGAGGCCAGGAGCUCAGGCCUUCAGGGUGGAGGCGGCGCUGCAGCACUGGUUCGUUACCGGGCUUCAGCAGCAGGGGGUGGUGCCGUCGCUCAUCGCCUCCGUCGGGGAUUCGUCCUCGUCUCUGCUCAGCGUCGUGUUCGAGCUGAAUCCUGAAGAAAGUACCGGCGACCAGCUGCUGAGAGUCCACUCCCAGCCGGUGGAGAUAAUCUACGACGCGCUGACGGUCAACAGCAUAGUGGACUUCUUUAAGACGGGGAAAGGUGUAGAUCUGGAGGUUCUGACCUCGGCCACGCUGUCCAAACUGGAGGAGAUCAAAGAAAAAACUGCCACAGGUUUGUCUCACAUCAUCGAGACCAGGAAGGUUCUGGACCUGCGGAUUGACCUGAAGCCAUCCUACCUGCUGGUUCCAAAGUCUGGCUUCUACAGCGACUCCUCAGACCUCAUUAUCGUCGACUUCGGCAGCUUCCAGCUGAACAGUGUGGAACAGAGUCUCGGCUCGUCUUCGUCCUUCUCGUCUCUGGAGGAGAUCAUGGAUCGAGCUUAUGAGAGAUACGAGGUGGAGCUGAGACGAGUUCAGGUGCUCUACAGCAAGUCAGGUGAGGCCUGGAAGUCGGCUCGGCUCCAGGGUUCUUCUGUCCAACACAUCCUGCAGCCGAUGGACUUCACGCUGCACCUGGCCAAGUGUAUGGUGGAGAAGGACGCCAGGAUGCCCAGGUUCAAGGUGUCGGGGGAGCUGCCGCUGCUGCAUGUUAAGAUCUCAGACCAGAAGGUCCAGAACAUUGUGGAGCUGGUCAAUGGCAUCCCGCUGCCCAACAUGGGCUCCUCCCCGUCCACCCCCACAGAGAAGGUGCUGUCCUUGGCGGAGUCCAGACCUCGACCAAUCAGCCUCCAUCCUGCCCUCCUGGACGCCAUGGAGACAGAUACAGAUGAGGACACCAGUGAGAAGUCCAUGGAUGAGGAUCACCACCGCUCAGCUCUGGAGGAACUCACCGACAUUCACUUCAAGUUUGAAGUCAAAGAGGUGCUGGUGGAGCUGACCCGACAGGUGGACCAGGAGAAGAACGUCCUGUCCUUCAGCGUCUGCCAGCUGGGAGCUGAAGGGAAGAAGCGGAGCUUUGACCUGAGCAUCACCUCGUACCUGCGACGAGUAACGCUGGACUACUGCGACGUUCCAGACGGCAGAAAUCAUCCUCUCCACCUCAUCAGCUCCUCAGAGCAGCAGGACUCCAACCUGCUGAAGGUGGAGUUUAUCAAGGCCGACCCCAGCAGCCCCAGCUUCCAGACUCUGUUCGACAGCACUGAGCAGACGCUGAAGGUGGAGUUUUCCUCUCUGGAUUUCCUCCUUCACACCAAAGCUCUGUUGUCAACGAUCAAUUACCUGAACAACGCCAUGCCACCACAGCUCAGUGUCGCCCGAGACCGAGAGUCCAGAAAACAAGCGGAGAAGAUGGGCCCCGGCCGGACAGCUGUUUGGCUCUCUGCAGCGUCCAGAGGAGCUAAGGACGGAGGCGUCUACAGCUUCAAGCUGUUUGCCAUGUUGGGUUGUUUCCACGUGGAGGUCAGCGACGACCGCCGCAGCAUCGCCGACAUCAGAGUCCAAGGAAUCGAUGCUUCAGUGUUGGUGCAGGCGAAGGCCACAGAGGUGUUCGCUCGACUCCGAGACAUCGUGGUCACAGAUGUCAACCCCAGCACCGUUCACAGAAAGGCGGUGUCCAUCAUGGGUGAGGAGGUGUUCAACUUCCAGCUCUCCCUGUUUCCAGGGGCAACGGAGGGGGAGGGCUACAGCGACGUGUCGAAGGUGGACGGGAAGGUCAAGAUGCGGCUGGGCUGCAUCCAGAUCAUCUACCUGCACAAGUUCCUCAUGUCCCUGCUGACAUUUGUCGACAACUUCCAGACGGCUAAAGAAGCUCUGAGCGCCGCCACGGCUCAGGCGGCUGAGAAGGCGGCGUCCAGCGUUCGAGACUUUGCCCAGAAGAGUUUCCGUCUGUCCAUGGAUGUCCGGCUGAAGGCUCCUCUCAUCAUCAUCCCCCAGUCUUCUACCUCCCACAACGCUGUGGUGGUGGACCUGGGUCUGAUCACGGUGGGAAACAGCUUCUCUCUGCUGCCGGCUGAAGGGUUCCCUCUGCCGGCUGUCGUGGAGAAGAUGGACGUCCGGCUGACACAGCUGAAACUCUCCAGAACCACACUGAAGCCAGACUCCUCUCAGCCAGACAUCGAGAUCCUUCAGCCAAUCAACUUAGAGCUGCUCGUCACCAGAAAUCUGGCUGCUUUCUGGUUCUCCAAGAUCCCUGGUGUGCAGGUCCAGGGAGUCCUCCGGUCCCUCGAUAUGAGUCUGGGUGAGGAAGACCUCGGUGUUCUGAUGAAGAUUCUGGUGGAGAACAUUGGGGAGGGAAGCAAAGAGCACAUUAUGGAUGUCAGAAGACAAGUAGCCCAAGAGAAGGUGGAGCUCCAUGGGCAGCAGGUGGGGACGGGAUUAUUGCAGUCAGGACUUGACAGUGUAACGGCUGCCACCAACGGAGCUCUGACUGAAAACACUGUCAAUGUUCUCCUCGACUUCGAAGUCCAAGAGAUGCUUCUGACCCUGAAGAAACCCCAGCAGCAGAUGGAGUCGCCUUUUCUCAUCUUUCACGUCGCUCACCUGGGCAUCAACACCAAAGUCAGAAAGUACGACAUGUGUGCCACGACAUACAUCAACAAGAUCACCAUGAGGUGCCUGGAGUUCACAGAUUCCAGUGGCGAGCCGCUCUGCCUCAUCAGUUCUUCGGUGGCGUCUGGAGCUGAACUGCUCAAAGUGCAGUAUUUCAAGGCUGACCGCUCCGGACCAAACUUCUCCACCGUCUACAAGAACACUGAGCAGAUGAUCAACGUGACCUUCACCUGUCUGGACCUGAUGCUCCACACUGAGGCUCUGCUGUCCACCAUCAACUUCCUGUCUGCAGUGCUGACGUUUGGCAGAAAUACAACUGUAGAGAGAGACACCCGACCGAAGAGCGACGACAGGACGGCCAGGACCACUGCGAUGAUGUCACCGGCAGACUGUGAGGUCAUCGACAUGAAGGUGAUGGUGGCGCUGGGAGCUUUUAACAUCCUCGUGUGCGACCAGACCUGCAACAUGGCCGACAUCAAGAUCCAAGGUGUUCACGGCUCUCUGCUAAUGCAGGGACCUCAGACUCACAUCUCAGCUCGCCUACGAGACUUCAUCGUUCUCAACGUGGAUCCGAGGAGCCUCCACAAGAAGGCCAUAUCCAUUGUUGGGGACGAGGUGUUCAGCUUCUCCAUGAGCCUGACCCCUAACGCCACCGAGGGCGCCGGCUACGCCGACACCUCUAGAACUGACGGCAGGUUGAAGCUGAACGUGGGCUGCAUCCAGGUGGUUUACCUGCACAAGUUCAUCAUGUCUCUGGUGAACUUCACCAACAACUUCCAGACGGCUAAAGAAGCUCUGAGCGUCGCCACGGCUCAGGCGGCUGAGAAGGCCGUGUCCAGUGUUCGAGACUUUGCCCAGAAGAGUUUCCGUCUGUCCAUGGACGUCCGGCUGAAGGCUCCUCUCAUCAUCAUCCCCCAGUCUUCUACCUCCCAUGAUGCACUGAUGAUGGACCUGGGUCUGAUCACGGUGGGAAACAGCUUCUCUCUGCUGGACGUCGACGGAUGUCCGCUGCCGGCCGUCAUUGACAACAUGGAUGUUCAGCUGACGGAGGUGAAACUCUCCAGGACCUACAUGAACCCCGUCUCGGACCGACCCGGCACUGAGCUGCUGGAACCAGUGAACUUGCUCCUGAACAUCAAGAGGAACCUGGCAGCUUCCUGGUACAAGAAGAUGGCCGCUGUUGAGAUCGAUGGAGAUUUGAAGCCCAUGAAGCUGGAGCUCAGUCAGGAUGACCUGAAGAUGCUGCUCAGGAUCCUGACGGAGAAUCUGGGGGAGGCCGGCAGCCUGGAGCCCAGCGGUGCAAGACAGGAAGCGGGUCUGCAGGUCCGACCUGCUGGAGCGCCCCCAGCAGGUGAUGCUGAGAAGCCGACAGUGAGGAGUGAGAAGGAGGAGGACGAAGGUCCGGAAACCAUGAAGUUUAACUUCAACAUUGAGUCUCUGGGCCUGGUUCUGUACCACAACGACCCCCAACAGCUGUCGGAGGUCCAGCACCAGCAGAACCUCCGACUCGGGGAGUUUGCCCUCCACCGCCUGAGAGCGUCGGGGAGGAUCCGGACCAGCGGCAGCGUGGAGGUGAACACGGUGCUGACCGCCUGCACACUGGACGACCUGAGGACCGGCAUGGACCGGGUCACCUCACGGAUGGUGGGGCGGAGAGACGAGGACAGCUCAGAGGCCAUGAUUGAUGUGACGUACCGGCAGGACGUCUCUAAGCGGGAGGUGGUGGCUGUUCUGCAGAAACUCUAUGUAUGCGCCAGCGUGGAGUUUCUGAUGGCCGUCGCAGAGUUCUUCCUGCAGGCGCUGCCACAGAGUCCAGUUCCCACCGCCUCUUCUGCAGCCGGCGACAGGCUGCCACUGAGACAUACCGCCGAUCCACGGGCCGACGCCAAGACCGCCUCCAUGGCCAGAACUCGUGUCCGGGCGGUGGUGGUCGACCCGGAGGUGGUGUUUGUAGCCAGCCUGAUGAAGGCCGACGCUCCGGCCCUUGUGGCGUCGUUCCAGUGCGACUUCAUCCUACAAGCUGAGGAGGACGGUGCCCAGAACAUGAGGGCCAACCUGAGGGAGCUGAAGGUCCUCGCCUGCCCCUUUAUCCGGAACAAGGAAGACAAGGCCGUCACCACCGUGCUGAGACCCUGUUCGGUUGCUUUGGAAACCAAAACCCACCCCAACCAACCACUGAGGGGCUCAGUAACGGUGGAGGAAGUCAUCAUCAAGAUCUCACCCUUCAUCCUCAACACGGUGAUGACGAUAACCACCGCCAUGACGGCUAAGCAGAGCGACGAGCAGAGUCAGGAGCUGAAGCCUCAUGUCGAUGACCUGUGGUCCGCCAUGAACAUCUGCAACUGUAACUUCUGGUUUCUGGGAGUGGACCAGGCCACCGAGGUCACCGAGAGCUUCAGAGAGCCGGACGGACGCAACGAGGGCGAGAGCUUUGCUGCCGAGGUCAAGGUGGUUCAGGUGACUCUGGAGUCUGGUUUGGGUCAUCGGACCGUCCCUCUGCUGCUGGCUGAGUCCUCUUUUAAUGGAUCGGCCAAAAACUGGUCGUCUCUGCUGCAGCUGAAAGCCGACAUGACGCUGGAGGUGAACUACUUUAAUGAGGUCCAUGCCGUGUGGGAGCCUCUGAUUGAACGUGUGGACAGCGGCCAGCGCCGGUGGAACCUGGAGCUGGAGAUGAAGACAAACCCGGUUCAGGACAAGAGUCCUGUUCAUGGAGACGACUUUAUAUAUCUUCCUGAACCUCGCACUGCCAUCAGCAUCUGCUCCAAAGAUACCAUGAACAUCACCAUCUCCCAGUGCAGCCUCGGUGUCUUCCACAACCUCGCCAAGGCUUUCUCCGAGGGCACAGCCUCCACCUUUGACAUUUCCCUGAAGGAGAAGGCUCCUUUCACCAUCAGGAACUCUCUGGGGAUUCCUCUCAUUGUGCAGCACAGCGCCAACCUGAGGCCGGUGGGAUCUCCUACUCAGGGAAAACUCCACGAGCUUUCCGUGGAUCAGAGCAUGGACCUGGAGCACUCCGUGUUCGAACCGUCGUCCAGAGGCAAACUGUCGGCACUGCAGCGGCAGGAGAGCUGCCUGUUCAACCUCACCAUCGUGCCCUCCGGAUACAGUGAAAUCUCCAACAUUGCCGUGGACAAACCGGGUCGACGCCUCUACAACAUCCGCGGUCCGAUGCUGCAGGAGGCCGUCUCUGUUCUGCUGCAGAUCAACGCUGCUGAAGGCAACAAGGUCAUCACCAUUCGCUCUCCACUGCAGAUAAAGAAUCACUUCUCGGUACCCUUCACCAUCCUGAAGUACUGCCCCACAUCCAGGAGUCUGCAGAGCGUUGGACAAGCUGAACCUGAGACGGAGUUUCACGUCACCUUAGAAACCUACAGGUGUCAGCUGUUUGUGCGUCCAGCAGGUCACCUGGAGGGUCAGUACGCUGCAUCCUCCACCUGCGUGGCCUGGAAGGAGCAGGUGCACCGCAGCGCCGAGGUGCGUUCACUGCUGCAGUGUCCUGCAUGCGACAGCAGCCUGCUGCCGCUGAUGGUCAACACGCUGGCCGUCCCCGACGUCCUGCGACACAUCGCCAGCCACGGGGAGGAGGACUGGGACCCUGCCUACAUCAUUCACCUGCAACCUGUGGCCACGCUGCGCAACCUGCUGCCCUACACCCUCCGCUACAUGAUGGAGAGCUCGGCUGACUCCUUUGAGCUCCAGGAGGGCAGCACGUCGGACCUGCUGAAUGCUCGUGUCUCAGGUGAGAUCGUGUCUCUGGUUCUGAUGAGGUAUCAGGGCCGUGACUGGCACGGACACGUCCGGAUCGAACCGGAGAUGCCAGAGUUCUUCGCUCUGUGUCUCACCUGCGACUCGGACAUCAACCUGACGGUAGAUGUGAGCGUUCACGUGACCAGGACCGCAGGCCGCCUGCUGCUGUCGCUCUUCAGCCCGUACUGGAUCAUCAACAAGACGUCUCGAGUUCUGCAGUAUCGAUCGGAGGAUGUCAGCGUCAAACACCCGGCCGACUACCGAGACAUCGUCCUGUUCUCCUUCAGGAAGAAGAACCUGUUCAGCAAGAGCAAGAUCCAGUUGUGCGUCUCCACCAGCACCUGGUCGGACGGUUUUUCUCUGGACACGGUGGGAAGUUACGGCUGUGUCCGCUGUCCCGCCAACAACAUGGACUUCUUGGUCGGCAUCAGCAUCCAGAUGAGCAGCUUCAACCUGACCCGGAUCGUCACCAUGAGUCCCUUCUACACUUUGGUUAACAAGUCCACCUUUGAACUGGAGGUGGGAGAAGUCCUCAGCCCAGUGUCCACCAGGUGGCACUACAUCUCCUCCACCGAGUGCCUCCCUCUGUGGCCGGAGAGCAGCUCAGGGAAGUUGUGUGUCCGUGUGGUCGGCUCUGAAUCUGCCUCCAAGUCGUUCUUCUUCAGCCAGCAGGACAAUGGCAGCCUGCUGAGCCUGGACAUGUGCGGUGGGGUCAUCGUGGACGUGAACGUUUCCGAUCAUUCGACCGUCGUCAGUUUCUCUGAUUAUUAUGAAGGAGCUGCUCCUGUUCUUCUGCUGAACCACACGGCCUGGAUCAGCAUCAGCUACACACAGAGCGGCUCGUCGGUGGUUCGGGAGCUGAAACCCAACGAGGCUCGGCGGUUUCCGUGGGACGAUCCGACGGGAGUCAGGACCCUCCGCUGGAGCUACAUGGAGCAUUCUGGAGAGCUGGACCUGCUGAAGGACGAGGUUGGACAGUUUCCCUACGAUAACCAGUCUCAGGUCCACUGGGUGUCCUUCCUGGACGGACGCCAGCGGGUUCUGCUCUUCACGGAGGACGUCGCCGUGGUGACCAAGGCCCGGCAGGCCGAGGAGCUGGAGCAGUUCCAGCAGGAGGUCAGAGUGUCGCUGCAAAACCUCGGGGUGUCUCUGAUCAACAACAGCAGCCGACAGGAGAUCGCUUACAUCGGCAUCAGCAGCUCAGGUGUGGUGUGGGAGAUGAAGCCGAAGAAUCGCUGGAAGCCGUUUAGCCAGAAGAACAUCAACCUGUUGGAGAGAACCUAUCAGGAUCAGCUGAGCGGGAAGACAGAAGGAGGCUGGAUGAGACUGGAGCCCAACCUGGAGGUGAACCUCAGCGGAGCCACCAUGAUGAUGCGUCAGCCGUUUUCGUGCCAGGUGAGGAGGAACUACCUGUCCGGGAUCCAAGUGGAGUUCAAGCAAUCGAUACACCAGCGCAGUCUGAGAGCCCAGCUGCACUGGCUGCAGGUGGACAACCAGCUUCCAGGUGCCAUCUUCCCCAUCAUCUUCCAUCCGGUUUCUCCUCCAAAGUCCAUCGCUCUGGACUCAGAGCCGAAGCCCUUCAUCGAUGUGUCCAUCAUCACCAGGUUCAACCAGCACAGCAACGUCAUGCAGUUCAAGUAUUUCAUGGCUCUGGUCCAGGAGAUGGCGUUGAAGAUCGACCAGGGCUUCCUGGGAGCCAUCUUGGCUCUGUUCAGUCCUGCUGCUGAUCCUCAGGCCGACCGGCUGAAGUCGGGGCUGAUAGAAGGAGAUCUCCAGGGACUGCAGGCUGAGCUGAUGGAGGCGUCGCUGACCGACACGUCAGGACUGAGUUUCUUUGAACAUUUCCACAUCUCACCCAUCAAGCUGCACCUCAGCCUGUCUCUGGGCUCCAGCGGUGAAGAUGCUGCUCAGGAUGCUGCAGCCAUGCAGUCCCUGAACCUGCUAUUGCAAAGUAUCGGAGCCACGCUGACCGACGUGGACGACCUCAUCUUCAAAUUGGCCUUCUUCGAGGUGAAGUACCAGUUUUACCGCAGGGAGAAGCUGAUGUGGGCGGUGGUGCGACACUACAGCGAACAGUUCUUGAAGCAGAUGUAUGUUCUGGUUCUGGGUCUGGAUGUCCUGGGAAACCCUUUUGGACUGAUCCGUGGUCUGUCUGAAGGGGUGGAGGCCUUCUUCUAUGAGCCGUUCCAGGGGGCUGUUCAGGGUCCGGAGGAGUUUGCAGAAGGUUUUGUGAUCGGCGUUCGCAGCCUGCUAGGUCACACCGUCGGUGGUGCUGCAGGUAUGGUGUCCAGGAUCACGGGUUCGGUGGGUAAAGGUCUGGCAGCCAUCACUAUGGACAAAGAGUACCAACAGAAACGGCGAGAGGAGAUGAACCGACCGCCCAAAGACUUUGGAGAAAGUUUGGCUAAAGGAGGAAAAGGCCUGUUGAAGGGUGUCGUAGGUGGAGUUACGGGCAUUGUCACCAAACCUGUGGAGGGAGCGAAGAAGGAAGGAGCAGCAGGUUUCUUUAAGGGCAUCGGUAAAGGUCUGGUUGGGGUGGUUGCUCGGCCAACAGGCGGCAUCGUGGAUAUGGCCAGCAGCACCUUCCAGGGCAUCCAAAGAGCGGCCGAAUCGACGGAGGAAGUGACCAAACUGCGUCCGGUGCGACUGAUCCGGGAGGACGGGAUCAUCCGACCGUACGACCUGAUGGAGUCGCAGGGUUUUGACCUUUUCCAGCGUUCUCAGAUCAAACAGCUGGAGGGAGAAGUGUUCAGAGAUCACUGUCAGUAUCCAGGACACCGCAAGACCAACAUCAUCGUCACCAACAGGUCCAAACUCCAGCUGUUUGGUUUUUGCGUGAAGGAGAUCGACUUUGUGGGUCACUUCAACAAAGAGUGGGAGUGUUUGUUUGAGAACUUCUAUCGUCCUCCAGCAGUGACAGGUUCUGAGCUGAAGAUUUACUGCAAGGAGCAGCAGAAGUUAAAGCUUCCAAAGAGAGACGGUCAAGAACCAACGAGGAACCUUCAGCUCCGAGACCCCAGAACUGCUCAGAAGCUGCACAUGGCCAUCUCUGAUGCUCAGACGUCGCAGCAGCAGCACCUCAUGGCCAGACAGAAGUCGCAGCGCUUCCUGAAACUGAGCAGCAAACAGUGAGGUUAGCAUGCUAACUAGCAUGUUAGCGCUGUAGCUGACAAAGUUUAAGAAAAUUAAAGCUCAGCAUCUGCAGCUCUAACAUCUUUUACUCUGAAGGUUCUGAUGUUUUCCUGUUUGCUGUCUCAGCAGAUUUUUUUUUAUUUCUGAAAUAAAGACAAAGUUUCUGUCCUAAAGAGUGAAAUGUCAGCUGAUAUGAGCAGAGAGCUGAUGGUAAAAGUCAGAACCUUUAAACUCUGACCAGAUGAAUGUUUUGUUGCUUUUUUCUGCUCAUUUGAUCCCCACUGCCCCGUGUUGGAGAUGAAGCCAUGAAAACCUGCUGCACUAAAGAGAGUUUACUUUACUCACUGUUAUUCAUUUUCAGUUAAACACAAAGAUCUGAAAUAAUAAUUCUGUAUGAUUACAGAAAAGAGUAGAACUACAAGAAACAAAUGAGGCUCUGAGAUGAAACCUCUGUUAAAGUUCAGGGUUCAUUGGAAGAAAAAAGACUUGUUUUCUUUAAUCUGCAGAUCUUUGUUGAAAACUGAACAAUGGAAAAUGAAGAAGUUGCAUUUAAGUCAGACCUGCUGAGAAGAAAUGUUUUCACUUUUAUUUUUACAUCUUUGCUGGAACCAAAAGUCUGUUUGUGUCUCAUGUUGAUGUCGGGGAAGAGUGAAGGAAAAUAAAACUCUGACCUGGAACCUAAA